CACUGUCUUCAUCAGCCCUUCCUCUCAUACUUAAACUCAACACGAAGUCUUAUGGAUUACUUACCAUUCAACUGAAAGUUAAUAGAUUUCUAAGUAAGUAUAACUAAUAUGCCAGUCAGAGGACAUGACUGCAGUGGUGCUGUGUUUCUUCCUCAUUUUUAUACAAUCUCUGAGUAGAUCUGAAGAUGAAUCCAUUCCAACUUUCUUCAGCAUUGGCGAUGAGAGGGAGAAAACUGUCCUUGGAAGACUUGAUGAAGAUAUAAUUCUCCCUUGCUCAUUUGAGAGUGGGUCUGAAAUUGUAAUCCACUGGACCAAUCAUGAUAACUAUAUUUACUCAUACUACAGAGGCAGUGACCACUUAGAAAAACAAGACCCCAGAUAUACAAAUAGGACAUCACUCUUUCAUAAUGAAAUUCACAAUGGAAAUGCCUCCUUAUCUGUCAAAAGAUUAAGCCUUCAGGAUGAAGGAAUUUACAUCUGCUAUGUGGGAACAUCAUCUAACAAAUUCAAAGGAAAAGUGGUGCUAAAGGUGGGAGCUUUCACCACACCUGUGAUGACAUAUGAAAACAGGAUUACAAGCAGUGCCUUAAUAUGCAGUGUGUUAAGUGUUUACCCUCACGCAAAGUUCACAUGGCAAAUGGAUAAUACACCCAUCUCUGACAACAGUAUAGAAGAAAUCAAUUCUUCUGGUUCUCUUUAUAUUUACAGUACAAUAAAUACUACAGUAUCAAAUUCAUCUUAUGAAUGUGCUAUUAAAAAUUCAUUGCUGGAGCAAACAUGGACAGGACAAUGGGCAAUGAAAGAUGACCUUCAUAAAAUGCAUAGUGAAGAUGUUUCACUUUCAUGUGAAUUUCCAAAUGAUUUUUUUCUACCAAAUCAAGACUUCACAGUCACUUGGUCCAGAAUGGAACACGGGACUUUCUCCACCCUAGCUAACUUUCAAAGUUCUUCACGAAAUAUAGUCAUCAAUGAAUAUCGAUUAUCAUGCAACAAAGAAUUAAUAAAUCAGGGUGUCAUCUCUUCAACACUGAAGGCACUUAGAGUGUCAGAUAGUGGGGAAUACUUAUGCACUAUUUCUACAAGCAACUAUACUUUACUUACUGUCCAAAAAGUACAUGUAGAACCACGUCAAACAUCUUACGAGGUAAUUGUUGUGGCAAUCGUGGGGACUUUGGUGGUGCUGACUAUGUUCCUAGUGAUAGCAUGCAUCAUUCUUAAAUUAAUACAACGCAUCCCUUCCACUUCAGGCUCUAGAAAUCCAAGUUCUACAAAUGGAACACAUCCAGAUCCGUUUCACAUGAGAAGUCUGAUAAUGGGCUCUGAUUCCAGAGAGGAUAAGGAAGGUAUUGCCAUAUUUUUUCCUGUAGUUCCUUAGUUAC